AGUUCUCACCACUGUGAGUGAGAGUGAAAAACUAGAAACCAGAGAACAAGAAGGAGGAGGCCAUGUCAUGAGAAAGAGUGGGAGAGUGAGAGACUGAAACAGAGUUCAGACAAUUGGAUGAGGAAAUGGUGCUCGGCAGCACAUGGGUGUGGUUGCUAGCAGUUAACCCAUCUACCACUCAGAAGUGACAUACAGAGGAAAUCAUUGUGGAUGAUGAGGCUGUGGAUAAAUUCCUGGACUUGGGCACCUCACAGGAUGGAUACUAAGAUACAUUUGGUUUCCUUGACCUUUUUCCUGUUUGUCAUGUUACAAGUGUCAAAGGCUCAGACUCCCACACCAGACCAUGAAACGUCUGAGAGUAGCAAAAUGGCAGACCAAACAAUAAUACCCACUGCUUCAACUCCCACUGGAAGAAGAGCUAGAACCACAAGAGAUGUUGACUCCUCCUCCGAAACUUUGCGAACUGCACAAACCGCACAGCAGCAGAUUAGCACUAUCCUCUCAACCAUUAUCAACCCCACCACAGCCUCAACAGCUUCCAAUGUCGAGACAACAAAACCACAAACAAAGCUCACAUCCUCCUCUGCUUCCAAAGUGACAUCCUCCCCAUCCUCAACUAAGAAAAAGCCCUAUGAAGCUGUUGUCUGGGAGGCUAAGUGGGACGAAAAUUUCACCUAUGACUAUAACUCCCUGCGCCAUGCUGGACUCGGCAUUGCAGCAGUACUUUUCAUCAUGGGCAUCAUGGUCGUUGGCUGUGGCAGAGUCUGUCGGCUCCCAAAGUGUCGCAAGAGGUCAUCUAAGUCAUAUCAAGUCGCUCAUGGAUAAGGAGAGACAAUGAUAAAAGUAAAGAGCUGGAAGAAACCAACCAGGAGUCCGUCAAGAGAAAAACACCCAACCAGCACUUGGCAGUGUGUGUGUGCUUGUGGAGUGACUGACUGUGCUGCUUAGUAACAGUGUCAAAACAUGAAUCUCGCUGACAAGUUUAAAAAGUCAUCAACUGCUUAAUCUUUGUCAAAUGUUAUUUCUAUACUUGGCAAAACUAAACUAAAAAAGUAAAACGAUUAUUUAUCCUGGCAAAUAAUGAAAAGAUGACUCAUAUUUUAAUCACAUCUUCUGCCACGAAGCGGGUUUGUUUCUAAUUACCUUUGUAUCCUAUAACUGAUAACACAGCCACUGUCUCACAGGCAGGAUUGUUAUUAAAGGUUAUGAAGAAUAACCCCAUUACACCUCAUGUUUGACAAUCUUGUACAACAUAUGUUCUGCCAGGAUCUAAAAAUGAAGCUGGGUCACUUCCACUUCCUGAUAGAUGCUGCACGCUCUUUACUCUUUCAAUCUUGACACAAACGUGAUGUUUAGUAAGGGGUGUCUAAGCCUCUUAGUGGCUCUAUGCUUGUAAAUGAAUAAAGCCCUAGAUUAAACAAGA